AUGGGCCAGAAGGUCACCGGCGGGAUCAAGACGGUGGACAUGAGGGACCCCGCGUACCGGCCCCUGAAGCAGGAGCUCCAGGGCCUGGACUACUGCACGCCCACCCGCCUGCAGCUGCUGCUGGACAUGCCGCCCGCGCCCCGCGAGGUGCAGCUGCUGCACUCCUGGAACCACCACGACCGCUCGCUCAACGUCUUCGUCAAGGAGGACGACCGGCUGCUGUUCCACCGGCACCCGGUGGCCCAGAGCACAGAUGCCAUCCGCGGCAAGGUGGGCUACACGCGGGGGCUGCACGUGUGGCAGAUCACCUGGGCCAUGCGGCAGCGGGGCACGCACGCCGUGGUGGGGGUGGCCACGGCCGACGCCCCCCUGCACUCCGUGGGCUACACCACCCUUGUGGGGAACAACCACGAGUCCUGGGGCUGGGACCUGGGGCGCAACCGGCUCUACCACGACGGCAAGAACCAGCCGAGCAAGACGUACCCGGCCUUCCUGGAGCCGGACGAGACGUUCAUCGUCCCCGACUCCUUCCUGGUGGCCCUGGACAUGGACGACGGGACGCUGAGCUUCAUCGUGGACGGACAGUACAUGGGCGUGGCCUUUCGGGGACUCAAGGGCAAGAAGCUGUACCCCGUCGUGAGCGCCGUCUGGGGCCACUGUGAGAUCCGCAUGCGCUACGUGAACGGACUCGACCCCGAGCCCCUGCCGCUCAUGGACCUCUGCCGCCGCUCCGUGCGCCUGGCCCUGGGGAAGGAGCGUCUGGGCGAGAUCCACGUGCUGCCGCUGCCCGCCGCCCUCAAGGCCUACCUCCUCUACCAGUGA